UACAUCUUUUUAAAAUGUCGAUAAAACUCUUGUUUACCGUCUUGUUCAAUCUGUGUGUAUUCGUUUGAUACGUUUGCGAGAUGAAUGUUGUCUGUUAAGACCAAUUUUUUAUUCUAAUAUCUGUUUCGUUGUGUAAGAAAUACAUAUAAUAACCAUCAACACUAUAAUAUAAGAAUGUCCGUUUCGUCGGAUUCGAUCAUUCAAAAACUCUAUAACCGCCAGGUAAUUAAAUGCGUAUGUUUUUGUUUGUUAGGAUGAGACAAUAUUUUUGUGUUUUGAUUUGAAGCUUUACGUUUAAAACUAUAAAAAACUUAAAAUGUGUUAGGUACCUAGUUAUAAGUUGUGUCCAGAGAGACUAUCUAUUAUCUACAGUUAUUGUGUUAAAUACAUAUUAUGGAUUUUACUAAAUUACAGUCAUGCAAGCAGUAUGUUGAACUAAAAGUUGGAUAAAAACGUUUAAUGGAGUAUUAUUAUUAUAUUGAGAACAAAUAUAAAUUAAUUAUUAAAAAAAAAAUUGCUAGUUAAACGUAGUCUUCUCAUUUUGUUUUUUUGUAUUUAGAUUAUUUGACUAUGAAAUGUACAUCCAUAUUAUAUACCCAAAGUAAUUAAACUCAUAUCAGUAUUAUUUAUAUAAUUAUAGUAAAUUAUUUUUAAAUCUACAAAUAGGUAUUUUGAUUAAUACUAAAUUCAUUCAAAUUAAUCGCUACAUGAUAUACACAGAAUAUUUAUAUUUGUUUUGAAAUUAUUUAACACUUAUACAAAAAUAACAAGUUUACAUAUAAAUUAAACAAUAUAACUACUGGGCUAAAAAGUUCAAACUUUGUCAUACAUAAAUAUUAACAAUUAAAAAGGCAUACAAAAAAAUUUGUUUUGGAAUUGUUUAUAGGUUCAUGGUACUUAUAAUAAAUACAAGCAUAACACUCAAAAUAAUGCAAGAUAUUUAUUUAAAGAUAAUCCAGAUUAUUGCAAAUUCUUUUUGCCAGAUAUAAUAGAAGAUAUAUCCGAGUAUGUACAUUUUUUUUUUAAAAAUUAAUGGUUUUUUUUUUCUUUAAGUUAUAUAUAUAUUUAUUUUUAGUCAUGUGUUUAUGGGUUUAACUCGGUGCGGUCGAUUUUUAUUGACUUAUACGGUAGCGGAUACAGAAAAUAUGGUUAUUAUUGACGGUCCUCUUAUGACUUCAUUGAAUAUAAAGUACAAACUUCAUUUUUGGGCUUUUCGGCCAGGCCAAUCAGCCUAUAGGGUUACAGAAAUUGCAUUGUUUGAAAAUUCAGAAUUUAGCGAUUUUUUAAAUAUUUACAUUGUUCAAUGGCCAAAUCGAUCUGACAAAGUAGUAGUUUUUGGUGAAAGGUAAAUAUCCUCCAUAUUAGAAUAAAUUUAGUUUGUAUUGAUUAUUCCUUUUUGUUUUAAUAUAGUGUGACAUCUGAAGAUGAUGAUUGUGACAUGUACAAAAUUUAUAUUACAGUCACCACAUUACCGUCUUUAAAUAACUGUAAAGAUUGUCAAUUAGUAGCAUACGAACAUAGAUACGAAGGUAAAGUUUCAUGUUAUUUUUUUUAUUACAUUAUUUUUUUAACCAUAAUUGUGUGUUAGAUUUGUCCAAGUAUUAUUCGGGAAAUACUUGCCUCAUUCAUGGUCUUACUGUGCACACAUCAUUUACAGUGUCACAUCCUUAUCCACGACUAGAGCCUUCUGUGUCAUUGAAAUAUGAUGAUCAUAUUGUGCUUAACACUUGUAAUUUUAUUCAUGUGUUGAACAUUGAUUUGGAUCAUAAUGAAGAAGUCGAAUCCGAUAAAUCAGAUAACAUUAAUGUUCCAUUAGCUCACAAGUAUAAUAUCAAACACUACAAAUAAAUGACACACUAAUUAAACAUUUAUUUAAAUUUACAGACUUAGUUAUAAUUUGACUGAAUUCGGUUAUAAGGUGGCAACUGAUAGUGAUACUCAAAGUGAUACUCAAGAAAGAGGUCUUAAAAGAAGACAUAUUGACACUAGAUGUUUUGUACGUAAAAUUAAUAUAAAUAUUAUAUUUCAUUUUAAAUCUCAUUUUUAAAAUAUUAUUUAUAGUUUGAUAAAGAACAAGACAAGACUAAGACUGCUCUAAAUCCUAUGCCUAAUUAUACAAAUCAUCGUCUUUUAAGAAAAGAUGCCGAAAAGGUAUACAGAAUAAAAAAAAUAUUACAAGUACUAUCUAUAUUUAUUAUUAGCCUAAUUUUUUUAUUGUUUUUAUUUAACAGAUAUACGAUUUUAAUGAGAAUGAUGAUGGUUGCCCAGUUAAGUUUAAAUGGUACAGACGCAGAAGAAUAGCUGAUAAAAUGUAUGAAUUUUGUUCUGAAGAAGAAGAUAUGGAAAAUGUUCAUCCAUCAUCUAAGAAGGGACUCUGUCAACGUUUUGAAACACCAGGACCUUCAGCUGUUAACCAAACUCCAUUAUAUAUACAAACAGAAUGCGAAGAUGAUAAUAAUAUAUUAAAUAAUGACUGUGAUAGAAAAAUCUUAUUUGCUCAAGAAUUAAAUGCUAUCAUUGCCGACUGGGACUGUUUAUCGUCACCUCGAUCGGUUACCUCUGAAGAUAGAGAUGUAAAGAGUCCCGAUAGUACUAACAAGAAGAUUACUAACGUGCUCAAACCAAGAAACAAAACUCCAUUGUCUAAAAAUUCCAAAAGUCCUUGUGAUAAGAAAAUCAGUGUUAAACUUGUACCCGAUAGUAAUCAAGGUAAAAUCACAUUAUUUAUAAGCUUCAUAAUAACCACAAAUAAUAAUAAUAGUCCUUAAAACCUGUUUGUAUCAAUAGGAAAUAAAUCAAAUAAUUCAUUCCGCUCUUUGCCGCUUCAAGAUUGUUCAGUGAAAUUAGAAAGACAAUACAUAGAAGUGGAUGAAGAAAUUGUUUCGAUUACUACAGAUUUAGAUGGUAUGUGUGCAUUUUUUAAAAAUAGUACCUAAUAAUGUUCAAGGCUGAAACAUAAAAUGUGUAUUUUUAAAAUUAUCAAAUAAUAUUAAAUCUUCUAGUUUCAAAAGAACGUCUUCAAUGAAAAGCUUAGAAUUAAUAAAUCAAUAUUAUUUGUCUUAAAUUUUGAAAUGAAAACAAAUAUUAAACUCUCAAAUUAUUUACUUAAAACAUAGGUACUAUUAUAUGGAUGUUAUUUGUACAUUAGUUGUUUUUGCCUAAUACUUAUGGAUAUAAAUCCAUUAAGCAAAUAACAUAGUACUUAAAAAUAAACAUAUUUUCUACGGGUUAAUAAAGUAUAUUGCAUUAAGUAGUGCAGAUAGGCAAUAGGAAAUAGACAAAUUUGUACAAGAAUAAACGAUUCAUGCUAUUGAUGAAAAAAAAGAAACUAAAUGCAUGUGUGUUGUAAAUAUUAAGUUAUUUAAAUAAUUACUAUUCUCUCUUUUUCUAUUAGCACUAUAUACACCUAAGUCAAUGCCCGUCCUUUCACUCUCAGCCAAUUCUGUCUAAUUUUCAUCAAUACAUCUUUAAAUCUACUUAACUUACCAAUCUUACGACUUUUGAAUGUCCCUCUCAUUUAAACAGAACUUCAGUUCUCAUAUUUGUCUUCUAACGAAUUAAAAAUAAUGUUGCUUUCUAAGGUCAAUUUUUUUUUUCUAAUUACCUUAACCUCAAUUUUCCCAAUUUUUUAAUAAUCUAUACUAACGGUUCAGUCUCACCUUUAUCUGCUGGAUAUUCCUUCUAUAUACUUGAUCUUCACGUGUCUUUUUCUAACAACUUGCCUCCUAUACUGCAUAGUUUAAUGCUAUACUUGAAGCCCUUGUGUUUACUCUAAUUAAGGCCCCAAUAAUUAUUUAAAAACAUCCGAUUCUGGGCCUUGCUUAAAAGCCCUAAAAUCUAAUUCCUUUAAUUCCAAAUUAACCACUCUCAUUUUUCAAAUUAAAACAUAUUUAUAUUACCUUAAUCUGUCAAUUAAUAGUUCAAUUAAUGUGUAUUCCCAGCCACAUUGGCAUUCAUGGCAACGAAGUGGCUGGUAGGUUAGCCUAAUUUUAUUCCAAUUAUAUUCUAACUUCUUUUGCUCAAUUAUCAUGGACCAAUUUUCUCCCAAUCUUACGUUAUCACAUAAGCAAUGUUUGGUUCAAUUACUGGAAUAAUCUGCUAGUUGGCUUUGCAACCAAAUAUAAAUCCAAUAUCCCUAUAGUUAAAACCGGGUUCAAUAGCUUAGAUUUACCUAAAUCCACGAUUUUCUGUUUCAACCGUUUCCAUGUGGGCCAUUUACUUCUACCUGGGCUUAAAUGAUUUUCCUCUUUACACUUUUCACUUUACUGAAAGCAUCUGUAACCUCUCUCAUCUUUGACUAUCCUUCUUUAAAUACUGAACAUUUAAUUUUGCUCAAUUUUCUGAAAUCAUUUGAUAUUCCCCCAAUCUCUUUUCUAUGCUCAACAUUAAAUUAGAAGUGGUCAUCUAUAAAAUAAUCUAGUAUUGGAAGCAGGUUUUGUUAUUUAAUAAUUUUUUUUUAUUUUUUCUCUGUCUUAAUAUUGUCUUGUAAAUAAUUGCCAAAUUGUCAUAAUCACAGACUAGAAGCUAAUAAAAGAAGAAAAAAAACACAUUUACAAAGGUGUAAGAAAUGUCAAGGUUAUUUAUUUAUUUUCGAGUUAUCGUGUUUAUACUGUGCUAUGUAGCAUAUUCUUGUGUUAACUCAAAGAAUAUUUUAUAGAAUUUGUACCAAAUUUGUUAUUUUAAUAUGUGUAGUGUACCUUAAUUUUGAACUUUUGAUUAGGUACCUACCAUCAUGUAUCAUGUAUUAAGUUUAAGCAUCAUUAUUUUUAAACAAGCCCAUUUAAAAAUAUAGCUUAAUAUAAUUUAUUUUUGCACACAUUGAGUUAGGAAAAAUCAAGAUUUGCCAAUAUAUUCAAUAGUCUAGAUUUUUGAAAUUUAAAUUCAAAAAUAUAUUUUAAAACUUUAAUUUUGGAUAGCAUUUUAUGCAAUAUUUUUACAAUUUUAUUGUAAAUUUGUUUCAUAUUUAAAAAUACCACGAAUUUUCAAAAAAAAAAAAAAUUGAACAUUUUCAGAAUUGAAGUCCUAAGUUGUAUUUUUGGAAUUUGAAUUUAUGUCACAUCACAACUAUUCACAACAAUAAAUUGUUGCUAUUGAUAAUUGCUUCUGAGUGAAGUUCGGUUAAACGUAUUUUAAAAUACUAUGGCUUUUACCGUUUUUAUUAAAAUUUAAACGUAAUAAGUUUAUAAAAAAAAAACAAUAACUUCUUUUUUAUCAUUUUUAGAUAUAAAUAAUAAAAUAAUGAAAAAUAAUACUCCUUAAAUCAUAAUUUUGACUAUUUUCAUCAAAUAUUUGAACUUUAAACAUUUAUAAAAUGAUAAACUUUCUAUAAAAUUGUCAAAUGUUUUUAACAAGCAAAACCAAUUUAACAUUUAAACAAAUAUAAACUGAAAUUAAAUAGUAAGGUUAAUCCAAAUUUAUUUUGAAAUAGGUACUAAACAUUGGUUCCUUUACUUGUGAUAAUACCAGUGUUGGGGAAGUUCCUUUGAACCAUAAACCUGUAAUAUACGUACAUGUUACAUGAUAGUUUACAAACGUUAUUUAUCAUUGAUCAUCUUAUCGGGAUGUAUAUAAAGUAUUUACCUACUAAGUUUAAAAUGAAAUAAAUUUGCUGCAGUUUUUAUACUGUAUCUUAUCAGUAUUGCCGUAGUUUAUAUAUUGUUAAAUUCGUAAUAAUAAUGUUACAUAUCGACUUUUAGAAAAAGGAAAAUUUUGCUGCAGUUCACAUACAACCAUAUUGCUUUAAUUAAAAAAUGUCAAGAGGGUUUUUUUGUUGAAUUUUUAAUCUAUUUGGUGACCUGGAGACUUUUUGAUUUUCCUUGUAGUUUUCUACGUAAUUUGACUCUGGAUAAAAUUAUUAGACUAAAUAAAAAUGCUUAGAAAUGUAAUAGGAGAUUUAUUAUCUAUAAGUCGUACUUAAUGGUCAAAAUAAAAAUAAAAUUGAGUGUUAUGUAGUUUUUUUUUAAGAGUUUUAAAAUGAAUUUUGAUAAAUUUCGUAAAUGUUAAGAUAUUUUAAAACAUGUAUAACCGAUUUUCUUUUCGAAUAGUUUUUUGUUAGCAAUAGUUUAUCGUUUAUUACGGGUAUAAAUUAAAUAACUUUAUCUUAUGCCUACCUUUCCGACUUCCCAAAUAAAACAGUGGUGCACCUGUCUCCAGUACCAGCUCUUUAUUUUUAUUUGUUCUAUUUCACAAUUUCACAAUUUCGUUAUUUUAUAAAAACUCGGACGACGUUUUCUACCAGGAAAAAUGAUUUAAUCGAAAAAUCACAUGAUACAUUUUUUGUUGCCUUUUUGAUUUACUUACGGUAUUAUCGCUAAAACUAAAUUUUAAGUUGAUCGGAUGAUAACAGCCUGAGUAAUAUGCAAAAGUAUUAGCAUAGUUUUUACUCAAAACUCUAUUUUUUUCAACCACUCAACAAUGUAUAAUAUGUUGUACGCGUUGUUGUCACUUGUUUGCGACGGUCGCCGUUUGCGGUGAAUAAAACACAAUUUGGUUAAUUUAUUUUAUCGCUGUAUUACUGUAGUAUCAUUUUCCAGCAACAUUCAUAGCUAUACAAUAUCAUAUAUUCAUAUACUCUUAUAUUUUGUCUCAAAUUUUUCACUUGAUAAAAAAAAAACAGGUUAACUAUAUCUAAAAUUUUAAUAAAAAAAUAAGUGAUAUCCCAAUAAAAACCCUCCGUCAAAUAUGUACAAGAACCUUGCUAAGAAAAAAUAAAUCCAAGUUAGAAAAAAUGUGAUAUCAAAAAGAGGCUAAUUAUAUUCUUAAAUUUUUUUGUAUAGAAAUGGUUUAUAAUUAUUUGUUUUUGAUGAAAUGCGAUAAUUUAAUACAAACAAUUUAACUUAGCUUGACAGCUACUCAUAAUAUGCACUUAAAUAGUAUUAUGGUAAUGUUAAAAAAUUAUAAAAUGGGGAUGUAAAUAGUUAUGUCGGCAUUGCACCUUUAUUUGUAGCCGUAAGUAUUAGUAGCCAUCAAGCUAUGUUAAAUUGUUUGUAUUAAAUUAUCCCAUUUCAUCAAAUACAAGCAAUUAUAAACAAUUUCUAUACUAAUGAAUUCAAGAAAAUAAUUAGCCCCUUUUUGAUAUCACAACUUUUUCUAACUUGAGUUUUUUUUUUUCUUAUCAAGGAUUUUACAUCUAGUUGACAGAGGAUUUAUAUUGGGAUUAAUAUUUACGAUUACAAUAAAAUAUUAAUUUCACUAAAAUAUUGACAAGAAAAAACAGUGUAUUAAUUGAAUAUAACAGCUAGCAGUUAUUUUUCCUAUAUAUUUACAUAUCAGUCUUAUCCAUGUUAUCUCAAAAAGUGGUAUUAAUUUUUUUUUUUUGACGUUUUUUUUUAUUAUUUUGGAAAAUUAAUGUGUACAACAUUAAUUUUCAUUUUUAUAUCAUGCUUGUUUUUUCAUUCCUAUGUUUGGUUUUGAAACAACCACUGAAUUUUGAUCAAUUGUCAUUUUUAUAGCAAUGUUUGAAUAGUGCAUAUAAUAAACACAUAUAAAUCUAUUUUAAAUAUUCAAAAAACUGUUUUUUUUUCUUUUUAAAUUAUAGAAGAGGAAGGUUUAACAGGGUCUUUAUGCGCACUCCCUUUGUCUGUGCACGGGUCCGCAUCUGCUCAAAUGCAAAUGAUUAAUACUACUAAAAUUGAAAACCAGGUAAAAUAUACUCCUCUUAAACAUAAAUAAAUAAUUUGUAUUAUUAUUAAUAGAAAUAAUUUUAAAAUAAUAUAUGAUUUACUAAAAUUCAACAUUUUAGUAAAUCUGAUGUUUAAAAAAAAUUCAGUAUUUGUAUUAAAGAUAUUAUUUAUUAAAAAAUCAUUUAUAUUUUUAAUUUUGUGCUUUUUAGUUUUCAAACAAACUAACUGUCCAUCAGUUUAUUGACAUAUUUUUUGUAAUUAUUUAUACAAUUUUUGCUAUUUAGGGAAAAGAUGUUUGUGUCAUCAAACAAGCGAGUUUAGAUUUCGAACACGUUAGUUAUAGAGUGGCGGAGAUUAUUUGCAAUUUAGAAGGUCACAAAUUUUGGUGCUACAACGAUUAUGACUCUGCCAUUGUUGAUGUAAAUAAGAAUUAAAUUAUAUUCAAUCUACUCUGUAUAAUUAUGAUAUAUUUGAACGAUAAUAUCUAAUUAUGCAUUUGAUAGAUUUGUCCUUUAAAUGGAGACAUUUUGAUUGCCCUAAGCAUAAGACUGAACACUGAAGAGGAGAAGAAACCAAUACCCCUGUGCCAUCCGGAAAAUAUCAGGUAUUUUCUCAACACAUAAAAUAUGUGCAAUCUUUAUUUAUAUUUAUUGUGUUUGUAUUUUUAUAGGGGUUUUGAAACAAAAUGUGUGAUUUUGUGGAACCCUAAGACUGAUAAUUGUUACCUGGAAGCUUAUUGGCAACUGGAAGCCGUUACAGAAGAUCGAAGUUAUACCAAUUGGAAUCCAGCACGUUUUGAGGCCAGUUUGCUUCGUAAAGCAUCUUUGGGUUUCUUUGACAUUCCAAUGGCUCGGGAAGUACGGUGUUUAUCGCAUGAAGUAUGGUCUCGACAAAUUGGAAAUAUGAGUGAGUCAGCUCGCAUACAUCUUUCUAUAUACAAUUUGUUUUAUAAGGUAAACUCAAAUAACUAUACUAAUUAUUAUUUUUCAGAUGCGCCGUUGCUCGAAAUCUGUGACAAUGAGAAUUUGGUUACCAUCCUAAGAAACCGAACCGAAGCAGUAGACGAAAACAACGUAAUGGUGUUCCUCCGACAUAGACUACCGAUCUAACUGAAAGAAUUGAAGAAGCAACAGUUUAUUAUUUAGGUAUAAGUUAAUUUUUUAGAUUACAAUAUAUUCAUAAAAAUAUGAA